AUGCAAGCAGUAAUUAUAGUUCGUUUUCAGAAUGCAGAAAAGGUCAUAUCGCUACUCUCUCGGGUACUCAAGCCCAGUCAGAUAUCAGUUGCCACAGCAGUCAAGGAACAUCACAGCCAUGAUGAGUCGCAUUUCAAAGAAAUGCUUCCGGAGGCAGUUACUUUCCCGUCUUCCGUGGAAGAAAUUUCGGCCAUUGUGAAACUGUGCAAUGAACAUAGGGUACCCGUCGUUCCAUUUGGAACUGGAACAGGACUAAUUGGAGGUGUCACUGUUAAUCGGAGUUGCAUCACGGUCGAUGUCAGUCAGAUGAAUCACAUAAAAGCAGUUCACGAAGACGAUAUGGAUUGCAUCGUUGAGGCCGGAGUUACGAGGUUGCAGCUAAACGAUCAUCUACGCGAUAUGGGGUUGUGGUUUCCCGUUGAUCCUGGAGCGGAUGCUAGCCUCGGAGGAAUGUGCUCGACAGGUGCUUCUGGAACGAACGCUGUCAGAUAUGGCACGAUGAAAGAAAACGUCAAGAAUCUGGAAGUAAUUUUGAGUUCCGGCAAAGUAAUUAACACAGCAGGAGAAGGCAGAAGGACAAGAAAAUCAGCCGCCGGCUAUAACUUGACCAACUUCUUCGUCGGCUCUGAAGGGACACUGGGCAUAAUUAGCAAAGCCACACUACAGUUUAUCGACGAAUUGGGUAUUCACGCAGUCAAUACGUAUUGCAAACUGAACAUACCGGAAAUGCCGACGCUUUGUUUGGAAUUCCACGGCAGCGAUGCAGAAGUUAACUCUCAAGUGAAGAUUGUCGAGGAAAUCUGCGAAAGUUUCGGUGGCUCAGAAUUCACUUGGUCAUUGCAGCCAGAGGAGCGAGCGAAACUUUGGAAAGCGCGUCACAGCAUGUUCUAUGCAGUGGCUUCUCUUAGGCCGAACCAUAAGGUACGUAUAUUAUUUUGGAGCCCAUCAUGUGGUGUAAAAGAGGGUACAAUGAUUCCUAUAUUCAGUUUGGAUUCAUCGUUAUCUGUGGAGAAAAAAGACAUGUAA